CCAUGAUAUAGUAGAAAACAAAUUAAACUGCAGCAAUUUAUCAACAACUGAAUUUAUGGCUUCGGCGAAUGUAAGCACGCGUGUGUAUGAGCUGUUAGAAGCUUUAAAAAAGGAAUUUGAUGAAGUCUCUAAAAAAUCACAAAGUUCAGAGCACCACAAAGAUGAUUUUGACUAUAAAGGAGUAAUUUCAUCACAAAUUCAAGAGAUUGCUCUCAUGAAACAAACGGUAAUGGAUUUGGAGAUGCAACAAAACAAAGUCAAAGAAAGAUACGAAGAUGAAAUUGCUAGAUUAAAAACCCAACUCGAGAAUCGGAGGAAGGAACUUGCUUCGGGAACCAUAUUUGGUCGUAGAAGAAGCAGUGUUUCUAUGGGAAAGCCAGGCUUUUCUGAAUCCUCAAAAACAUCAAUAUCUGCUAAUGGAAUCAGCGGGUCUGCUCCAACAAGCUUACGCUCCCCUGCUGUUGACUCUGAUGGUACCGCCUUAGCACCUCUUCAACUCCCCAACUCAGAAUUAGCCUCUCAAGGAUACCUUGGUUCAUUUGCGAAUCCUUCAAUAGGUGGACUUGAUGGUUCUGGCGUACGAUCUUAUCCCCAAAGCUUGCCUCUAGGACAUCCUCCAGCUCCUGAAUCCGCUUAUGCUUCUUCGGGACCACUUGCUGUUGCCAGCGGUGCUAAUGGCAAGGUGAACCCACCCCUUCCAUCAGAAAUGAUUCCCACAUCUAGUUUGACAAAUAAUGAGGAGAAGGAUUGGUCUAUUUCUACUUUAAGAAAAGACAAACAAUUUCCUAUUUCUGUCAGAUUGCUUCAUACUCUGGAGCACACUAGUGUCAUUUGUUAUGUUCGUUUUAGCGCAGAUGGCAAAUACUUGGCUACUGGUUGCAACCGAGCCGCUAUGGUGUUUAGUGUAGAGACUGGUCAGCUAGUUAAUCUUUUACAGGAGGAAUCUGCUGAGCGUGAGGGAGACCUUUAUGUACGAAGUGUCGCCUUUAGUCCAGAUGGUAAAUUCCUUGCUACCGGAGUAGAAGAUCGUCAAAUCCGGAUUUGGGAUAUUGCUCAAAAACGUGUCUAUCGACUUUUGACUGGCCAUGAACAGGAGAUCUACUCCUUAGACUUCAGUAAAGAUGGUAAAACACUGAUUUCUGGUAGCGGUGAUCGUACAAUAUGUCUUUGGGAUGUUGAGGCUGGUGAGCAGAAGUUGAUUUUACACACUGAUGAUGGUGUGACCACAGUUGCCUUCUCUCCCGAUAAUCAAUUUAUUGUAGCUGGUUCCUUGGACAAAGUUAUCCGUGUUUGGACAGCUUCGGGUACUUUAGUAGAACAGUUGGUUGGACAUCAAGAGAGCGUUUAUAGUAUUUGCUUCUCACCUGACGGAUCUCACUUGGUCAGCGGUAGUCUAGAUAACACAAUUAGAUUGUGGGAGCUUCAAGCCACAAGAAGGAUACCACCCAGCUCUAUAAAAGAAGGAGGAAUAUGCAAGCAAAUAUUCAGUGGACACAAGGAUUUCAUUUUGAGUGUUGCGAUGAGCCCUGAUGGAAGGUGGAUUAUUAGCGGUUCCAAAGAUCGAACAAUCCAAUUUUGGUCUUUGGAUUCAUCAACAUCCCAGCUUACCUUGCAGGGCCAUAAUAAUUCUGUCAUUUCCGUCGCGAUUAGUCCCAAUGGACACACUUUUGCAACUGGAAGUGGAGAUUUACGUGCACGAAUCUGGUCAUAUACGGACCUUUAAAUCCUUAUUGUUCUUAAUGUGUUUUUACUCGCUUAGCCCCUUUCUCUUUUACAUUUCAUCCGUAAUGUGUUUUUGUUCAGAAAAUCUUUCAGAUUUAAAUUAUUCUUGUUCGGUUAUAAUGUGAUUGUUAACUGAUGUUAUAUACUGGGAUUUCUUCUUCCAAAUGUUCUGGUUCCGUUCCUUUUUUGAUACAAAAUUGUGAUUUUGUUUAUUCUCGCCCGUUAUUUUUUUUAUAAAAUAUGAAUAGUCACUUUUGUUUCUAUUCUUUUCUUUAAAAUUACUGUUCUUUCUUAAUUUUGUUUUGUAAACCUACAUUGCCAACUUUAUGAAAUAUAUCCAAAUUGAAUAUCUUUCUCGUUUACUUUCCUGAUA